AUGUUAAGAAUUUACAAUUUCCAUGGAGUCAGUAUUGACGUGGAAUCUGAUAGCAACAAAGCGUCAUAUGAACAGUUUGAGCCAACAAAUGAAUGGAAGACUGUUGAAGAAGGUCAAGCUCUCCCUUCUGGUUUGCACGUACGAUUGAAUUUAAACACUGGGAAGAAGGAAGCUAAAUUAAUGGAAGAAAAUGAUGGACUGAGCUACUGGAAAAAGGCAAACAAGGAAGGCAAGCAUCUUUCAUUCAUUCUUUUUCCACCUUUUUUUUUUCUUUCUUCCUGUUUUUCUUUUCUCUUAUUUUCAUCCUUUUUCUUUCUUUUUCCUCUUUUUUCCAUCUUGAUCUUUUUCUUCUUUUUUUCCUUUUUCUUUUUUCUUUUCUUUUUUCUCCUUUUUCUUUUUUCUUUUUCUUUUUUCCUUUUUCUUCUUUUUUCCUCCUUUUCCUGUCUUUUUUCUUUCUUCCUGUUUUUCUUUUCUCUUAUUUUCAUCCUUUUCCUUUUUUCUUUUUUUUCCUUUUUUCUUUUUUUUUUUUUUUUCUUUUUUACCUCCUUUUCUUUCUUUUCUCUUAUUUUCACCUUUUUCUUUUUUUUCCUCUUUGUUCUGUCUUUAUCUUUUUUCUUUUUCUAUCAUCCUUUUUCCGUCUUGAUCUUUUUUCAUAUUUCUUCUCUUUUCUUUUUCUUUCUUUUUCCUCCUUUUUCUGUCUUUAUUUUUCUUUUUCUUCUUUUUUUUCUUUAA